UAUCUAAACGAGGAGUUGCUAGCAAGAAAAGCAGUCUCGAAGCCUUUACCUAGUUCACCUGGAACGCGAGCGCUCCAAAUCUGCUCGAAUCCGCCCCAAAAACUGAGCUGCGGCCGGGGCGAGGCGGCCCCCGGAACCAAAGAGCGCGGCCCGGCUGCCGCCCGGCCCCGCGCGCGGCGGACCAGAGGCGGGAGGCGGCCAGCGCGGCCCCGGCGGCGGGAGCCCCGCUCGGGGCGGCGGGACCGGGCCCGGAGCUGCCAUGGCCCACGGGCGCUCGCGGAAGCGCUCGCGGAGCCGGAGCAGAAGCGGCUCCCGGAGCAGGCAGGAGAGGAAGGAGAAGAAAAGGAGGAAGAGCAGCAAGGACUCGCAGCAGGGCAGCAGCUCUCCAUCGAGGAAGAGGAUCUCUGGCUCUCAUGGACACAGCUCCAGCCUGGCAGCAGCCAGGGAAGAAAAGAAGAAGGAAGGAAAGGACAAAAAGAAGAGGAAGGCCAGUACCUCUCCCUCUGGGACGUCUUCGUCCACCAGCUCUUCCUCAUCUUCCUCUUCCUCCAGCUCCUCUUCUGAUGACUCCAGUGACAGCGACUCCAAAGCGAAGAAGAGUCAAGACAGCAAAAAAAAGCGAGUGAAACAGAAAGACAAAAAGAAGAGGAAGAAGAAGAAGAAAAAAAUAAAGAAGAAAUCAAAGAAGAAGGCAAAGGAGAAGGCCAAGGAGGAGAAAGCCAAGACAGAAGAGGUGCCUGGCCCCUCACUGGAGCAGUGGCAGAAGGAGUCAGUGGUGGACUCUGGGCCAGCUCUGACAGACGAGCAGAAGUCCCGGAUCCAGGCCAUGAAGCCAAUGACAAAGGAGGAGUGGGAUGCCAGGCAGAGCGUCAUCAGGAGAGUGCUGGAUCCCGAGACAGGGAGAACCAGGCUCAUUAAGGGGGACGGGGAAGUCCUGGAAGAAAUCGUCAGCAAGGAGAGACACAAGGAGAUUAACAAGCAAGCCACCCGUGGGGAUGGGCUGGCCUUCCAGGUGAGGACGGGGAUGCUGCAGUGAGGGCAGGCCCCAGGCAGCCCUGGAGCCCGUCCUGUGCCCCUGCCAGCCUGGGGAGCCUCUGCCUCUGGAGCACGCAGACAGCACCGUGUCAAGCUGUUCCCCAGGGCCCUUUCAGCUGCUCUGUAAGUUACUGACUGGGAAGGAGAGUGACUUUAGUGGCUCCUCUCCCAGUAAACAGCUUCUCCCCUCCCUGUCCCAGCUCAGGCCAGUGUGGCUGCAAUGCACCUGAGCCAUUUGCCCCAAUGCUCCUCUGGCUGCUGGAGGAGCUCAGCAGCACCCAGGGGACAGGCUCGAGGGUGCUGAGCACCUCAGGGUGCUCUGGUCUUUGGGGGGCAGGAGCCAAUGCUGUGGCCAGGACAGGGUGUACCAGGGCCACAAAACACAGCUGGCUGCCACUUCUUCCCCUCAGGGGCUGCCCAUGGCCCUUUCCCUGCUGGAUCUGGCUCACCUGCACUCCCUGAGCCUGCUCAGAAGGAGUGGCUGUGGCUCUGCUCAGGCUGCAGCUCCUCUGAGCCCUGAGUGCCACCCUCCACUGUGCCCCAGGGCUUCUCCAGCCUUCCUGCAGCUUCUCCUCCUCGGGAAGGGGGCACUGACCUGGCACACUGCACUGGCACCUGUGCACGUGUGCUUUGUGCAGGGGUGGCUUUGCCUUGCUCUCUGCUCCUGCAUGCAACUCGUGUGCUUCCCCACAGCACAGGGCUCUGGGCUGCUCAGGGCCCAGGGCUGCUCUGAAGCAAACACAGCAGCCUUUUCCCUUGCUGGGAAGUCCAUAAAUCUGCAAACUGUAAAAAAGAAAAGGACAAAUGGGUUAAAGGACAAAUGGGUCCUGCAGGACUGAUCUCCACAGCGGGUUUCCUCAUUCUGUUCAUGGCUGUAACCCCAUUAAACUGACACCUGCUCACA